AUGUUGCGAUUAGGACGAAUUGCCGCUACGAGAUCCAUUAUAUGGCAUCCACGGCCACUAUAUAACAAUCAACUAAGCAGGCAAUCGCCAUGGAAUCAUCAAUCACAGCGUACAUUGACGGGUGCUAGAACUGCAUUCAGUCUCGUCAGAGGCGCAACCGCACUAGGUGCUUCUGUUGCGGCUGCUUCUACUGCUGCUUGGUAUUCCGUAGAAUCUUGGGGCAAAGAACAAGGAAAAUGGGCAUCUGACAAGUGGGAAAGGUUUAAAGAUUGGGCUGAUCAUCUGGAAUUCUCCUCAAAGAAGGAUAAACAACAGGGCAAAGACGAGGACAAUCACGAACAAGAUGACCAACCGCAAUCUCCUGAUCCAAAUACUGGUGCUGCCACCGCACUCGCUGCUGCUGCCUCUACGAUGCUACGAGACCAUGAUGAGCCUGCCCCUCUUAUAGAAAACAAGCAGCAACAGCAACAGUCCGUGCCGACUCCUACAACCAGAGAUGCUGAACUGAUGGUGCUGACUCGACGAUUAAUUGAAGUCAGAAAUCUACUCAAAGAAAUGAGCUCGAACAAUAUUGCACUCAAACUACCUAGUAUCGUUGUCAUUGGAUCUCAAAGUUCGGGUAAAUCUUCAGUGCUGGAGGCUAUUGUUGGUCAUUCCUUCCUUCCAAAGGGAGCGAACAUGGUCACCAGAAGGCCGAUAGAACUAACAUUGAUAAACACUCCCGAUUCUCGAGACGAAUACGGUGAAUUCCCACAACUUGGAAUGGGCAAAAUACACGAUUUCAGUCAAGUCCAAAAGAUCUUGACCGAUUUGAAUCUAGCAGUAUCAGACGCCGAAUGUGUAUCUUCAAAUCCGAUAGAACUUCGAGUAUAUUCACCCAACGUACCUGAUCUCACUUUAAUCGACCUGCCCGGAUUCAUCCAAAUCCAUAAUCGUAAUCAGCCGCCGAUUCUCAAGGAAAAGAUAGCAGAGCUGUGUGAAUCGUAUAUAGCUGAACCCAAUAUCAUACUGGCCGUCUGUGCCGCUGACGUGGAUUUAGCAAACUCCGAGGCUCUUCGAGCUAGUAGGAAAGUAGAUCCGGGAGGACGAAGAACUAUUGGGGUAAUCACAAAGCUGGAUUUGAUUGAUGCCAAUGCCGGUGCCAGACUCUUGUCACAUAAUGACUAUCCAUUGAGUUUGGGAUAUGUCGGUGUAGUAUGUAAACCCAAUGCAUCCAUGUUCUCAAAUGCUCUGGUCUCAGCACGGUCGCAGAUGGACACCAUGAUUCGCCAUGAACAGGAAUUCUUUGCUACACGACCUGAAUAUAUUCGUAGUGGUGCCGAUACGGGUACUGCUACCUUGAAGAGUCGUCUCAGACGGGUACUGGAAGACCACAUGGCUCGAUCUCAAACCGCUAUAGUCGACGCAGUGCAAACUGAACUGGAUGAAGUUCGAUAUCAAUUCAAAGUCCAAUAUAAUGACAUCCGUAUAACACCCGAAUCAUACGUUGCCGAAACGGUAGAUGGUCUAAAACAACGAUUCAAGGAAUUUACAAAGAGUUUUGGUAAACCACAAGUACGAGACCAAGUACGAACCAUGCUACAGCAACGUAUAAUGGAUAUAUGUGCCGACUUGUAUUGGGUAGAUACACGCUUCCCCAUGUUUCCACGAACAUGUAGUACGGACCCUGCUUGGCUGAAUCGGGUUGACGCUGCAUCUGCAGCCCUGACCAAGUCGGGUAUUGGCCGAGCAUCCGUACAACUAGUGUACGAUCGUAUCAUGGAAGCCAUGACCAAAAUCACAUCCGCAGAUGCAUUUGCCAAUCAUCCAGGUGCUCGCGGACAGAUACUAGACCAUGCUAGGAGCCUACUGAAAUCACGAAUGCACGUAGCUGCUGAUUCAGUUGAGAAUACCAUAAAGCCAUUGAAAUUUGAAGUGGAGGCUUCGGCACAGGAAUGGAGUGAUGCUGUUAAACGAGCUGUAGUUAUGGUUGAGGACUCAUACGCGGAUGCUGAGAGGCAGUUACGAGAGAUACAGAGUAAUGUCGGUCGAAGGAGGUUACGAAUGGCUGUACGACAGUUACAGAAACAGGAAGUCAAGAAUGGAAUUGUAGAUUUAGUGUCGAUAGCACCGCCAACAGUAAUGUCAUCAAACAUAGUAUCAGCAGCACCGAUAAUACCACCAUCAUCAUCAACACCAGCAUCAACAGCCGUAACAUCUAUAACGUCAGGAGAAAGCAUACCAAACACACUCGCAGAAAGAGCCAAGGCAGCCUUAUCGCUGCACCGUAAAAUGACUCUUUUAAAAUCCCGCUCAGCAGCCUUAAAAUCCUCCCUAUGCAGCUCUGAAAACCGAUCAUGCUGCCCCGAAAUAAUCCUCUCUGUAAUCGCUGAAAAGCUCGUAUCAUCCGCUGUAUCAUUCAUAUCUGUAGAACUGCUCACUGAAUUCUUUUUUGAUUUGCCACGUGCUGUGGAUGAUAAUCUGUAUUAUGGGCUGUCAAAGGAUGCUAUGACGGCUUUUGCGAAUGAGAAUCCGGGAGUGAAGAAGCAUUUGGAGUUGAUGCAGAGGAGGAGGGUGCUUGAGGACGUUAUGGAUAGGCUGAGAGGGCUGGGAAGUGGUAGUAGUAGUGGUAAGACUAGUGGCAGGUAA